AUGGAAAACACAAUAUUCUCUAAUGCUAAAUUUACUAACACUAGUCGAGUAAGUGGAAGACAGUGGAAAGAUGAAGAAGCUCUAAAGUCUAAAUUGAAGACAUUUGCAAUGUCUAAGCGAGUCAGCUUCAAAAAUAGACUAAUAGAGAGAGAAGAGAGGAAAAAAGUACGCUUGCUAGAAAAUUCCAUACAUGAAGAAGUGAAGAGCAAGAAACGUGCUAAAACUAGAAAUACAGAGCUUAAAUAUAAACGGAAGAUUGAAUUUGAAAUGAGAUCAUCAGGUAUACAAGUUAUCAAAAAGACUGAAAAUAUUCGGAGAUGGAAUAAGAAGGCAAGAAACUUAUUGAGGACUGUGUCUCCCGAGUUUAUCAAUUCUAUUACAUAA